GUCGCACAACUACGGUAGACUACGGGCUGUACUUUCCGACUUGCACUGUUGUGAGUCUGGUGGUAGUGGGCUACACACAGGAGGAUCCUCAAAAAUAGCGUUCAAAGGCGAUUAGGUAUGACGGAUUCCGACGGAGCGGUUUCGUGGCACUGUGCGUAAAGAUGAGGAUUCCUCCGGUGUGGGCGCUCGGCGCUUGCCAGACUGGAUGAAGUGAGAGCUGAGAGAGACACCCGCUGAGACCAACACCGCCGCCUGGGACUGCUGAGGAGGACCUCUGAGCAGGUUCACACGGCCGCCGGCAGGGUGGAGCUUCCUGACCCAUGGAGAAUUACUUCCAGGCCGAGGCCUUCAACCUGGACAAGGUGCUGGACGAGUUCGAGCAGAACGAAGAUGAGACGGACACUCCCACACUCUCAGAUGCGAAGUGGACCCAGAUCCUAGCCCCGCCGGCCCACCUGCUCUCGCUGAACCCCGCCCUGGCCCACGCAGACCUCAGUCCCCAGGAGAGUCCGCUGCCCUUCAAGACCCUGCCAGACUCGUCCUCCAGUGGCUCCCCGGGGGCCGACCCUAAACGGCUAACCGGUCCUGAGCCUCCAUCCUGGGGGGAAGAGAGGCCGGCAGACGUCCACAGUCCGCCUCUCCCCCAGCCUAACAUCGGCAAACUGGUGGGCACCGACGACCUCUCACCACCCCCCGUGUCGGCUUGUAGCACCCUGGAGAACGGCUGCCCGGCAAGCCCUGCCAGCCCAGACCCCAAAGGGCUCAGCAAGGAGUGCAACUCUCCUCCUAUCCCUGCUUCAGACAGCCAGUCUGCUGUUUCAAACCAGCAGUCCCAUGAGGAGCCGAAAUCCGCGUCAAUGGGGGCAGGAGGCCCCCACGUCAGUCAUACUCACUUUACUUUUGAAGAGGAAUUUGGAGGGAAAGAGGCUGCAGCUGAGGACAGUCAUCCAUGUUUGGAAGCAGCAUCGCAAAGCAGGGAAAGUGCCAAAAAGGAGGCUGCUAUGGCUGUCUCACAGGACUCUGGUCAAGAGAGACAAGGAACAAACUCUGAGGAACACCACGGGGAAUGUCUCCAGAAUGGGGGAGGGGUCGCUCUGGAUGGCUGUGAGGAUGGGGAAAACAGUGUGCCAGCUGAUCGGCUCCAAGUGGAGGAGAAGGAGACGACAGGUGGCCAAGAGGGACGAAUAGAUCAGCUCUCCGGGACAACAAGCCUCCCCAACGGUCUGGAGCAGGAGAAAGGGAUCCAUGCCAGGCAUAAGGUGGCAGCGGAGAUGGAGAGGGAGGAGAGCUUUUCUCCCUGUUCACUCCCCUCCAAAGAGGACUCUGUAACCGAGGAGAAAGAAAUGGAAGAAAGCAAACAGGAGAGUAGCGAUGGAGGAGCAAUGGGGUCCGGUACUGUUCAGACAAAACUCAACAACAAUCGGUUGCAGCCAGUCAGCGUGCCGUACGGAGGGGCACGACCCAAGCAACCGGUCAGCCUCAAGCUCCAGAUCCCACGGCCGCUCUCGGGCCAGGUCCAAAAUCAGCUUGGCCCUUCUCCGGCUGGCAAGAACAAGAACCUGGAGAACCAGUGUCGGGCAGGGGGACCCUCAGAAACACCAGUCGGUGUGGCUGAUCAGGGUGCAGUUGGGAUGAAUGGAGAGGGUGUUGACUCUCCUUCCCUCAUGCCCACAGAAAGCCCUGACAAUGACCUCCAGGCAGGCCAGCUGGGGGCUCUGUCCAGGAAACCUGUCAGCUCCCUAGGAGAGGUGGCCCCUGUGUGGGUGCCUGACUCCCAGGCUCCUGUCUGUAUGAAGUGUGACGUGAAGUUCACCUUCACUAAGAGGAGGCACCACUGCAGGGCCUGUGGCAAGGUAUUUUGCGCAGCGUGCUGCAGUCUAAAGUGCAGGCUGAUGUACAUGGACAGGAAGGAGGCCCGCGUCUGUGUCACCUGCCAUUCUGCUCUGAUGAGUGCUCCAUCAUGGGACAACCAGGCAGCUGGAAGCAACCAGAGUCCAAACCCCAACAACCCAGCGGAGUACUGCUCCACCAUCCCCCCCCUGCAGCAGGCCCAGGCCUCUGGGGUGCUCAGCUCCCCCCCGCCAACCGUCAUGGUGCCCGUGGGAGUCCUUAAGCAGCCGGGCUCUGAGGGGUCACUAACACGGGAGCAGAGGAGGGUGUGGUUUGCUGAUGGGAUCUUACCUAAUGGGGAGACAGCAGAGCCCCCCAAACCUCCAACCACCAGCCAAGCCCCCUCCCGGUCGCUGGCAGUCUCCCCAUAUUCAAACAAAUCCUCCGGUUCUGAAGCCUCAGAGGCAGCCCACACCCCCGCAGCCCCGGUGGGCAGUCCUGUGGGCAGCUCCCUCAGUCUGAUCCCGGAGGACGGGCUCCCUCCCAUCCUCAUCUCCACUGGAGUCAAAGGAGGUACGGGAGGCCACAUCACAGACUAUGCAGUGGAGGAGAGGCCAUCAGAGAUCAUCCUUAUGCAGCAGUUGGAGGAGGGAGGAGCAGACCCAUUGGUCUUCGUGCUCAACGCUAAUCUGCUGGCCAUGGUCAAGCUUGUCAAUUACGUAAACAGGAAAUGUUGGUACGUGACGACCAAGGGCAUGCACGCCGUCGGUCAGGCAGAGGUGGUCGUUCUGCUCCAGUGUCUGCCUGACGAGAAGACGAUCCCCAAGGACAUCUUCACCCACUUCGUGCAGCUCUACCAAGAGGCGCUCACUGGCAACGUGCUGAGCCACCUGAGCCACUCGUUCUUCACGCAGAGCUUCCUGGGCAGCAAGGAGCACGGCGGCUUCCUGUACAUCAGCCCCUCCUUCCAGUCGCUGCAGGACCUGCUGCUGCCCAACCCACCCUACCUCUUCGGUAUCCUGAUCCAGAAGUGGGAGACGCCCUGGGCGAAGGUCUUCCCCAUCCGACUCAUGCUGCGGCUAGGGGCAGAGUACCGAUUCUAUCCGUGCCCACUGUUCAGUGUGCGAUUCAGAAAGCCCCUCUUUGGAGAGACCGGCCACACCAUCAUGAAUCUGCUUGCAGACUUCCGUAACUACCAGUACACGUUGCCAGUGGUGAAAGGUUUGGUGGUGGACAUGGAGGUGAGGAAGACCUGCAUCAAGAUCCCCAGCAAUCGCUAUAACGAGUUAAUGAAGGCCAUGAACAAGUCCAAUGAACAUGUGCUGGCCAUGGGGGCGUGUUUCAACGACAGGGCCGACUCCCACUUGGUGUGUGUCCAGAACGACGAUGGAAACUACCAGACGCAGGCCAUCAGCAUUCAUCAUCAGCCGCGCAAAGUCACAGGCGCCUGCUUCUUUGUGUUCAGUGGUGCUUUGAAAGCCUCGUCGGGCUAUUUAGCCAAGACCAGCAUUGUGGAAGACGGUGUGAUGAUCCAGAUCACGGCUGAGACCAUGGACUCUCUACGGCAAGCUCUGAGGGACAUGAAAGACUUCAGCAUCGCCUGUGGCAAGGCCGACCAGGAGGAGAACCAGGAGCACGUCCACAUCCAGUGGACAGAGGACGACCACAACUUCAACAAGGGUGUGAUUAGUCCCAUCGAUGGGAAGUCCAUGGAGUCCAUCACCAGUGUCAAGAUCUUCCACGGCUCGGAGUUCAAAGCCAACGGCAAGGUCAUCCGCUGGACAGAGGUGUUCUUCCUUCAGAGCGAAGACCAGCCCAACGGUCUGAGUGACCCGGCCGACCACAGCCGGCUGACUGAAAACGUGGCGAGGGCUUUCUGCAUGGCGCUCUGCCCACACCUCAAGCUGCUGAAGGAGGACGGCAUGGCGAAGCUGGGGCUGCGGGUCACACUGGACUCCGACCAGGUGGGCUACCUGGCAGGUAGUAACGGCCAGCCCCUGUUGCCCCAGUACCUGAGUGACCUGGACAGCGCCCUGAUCCCUGUCAUCCAUGGAGGGGCGUGCCAGCUGAGCGAGGGCCCUGUGGUCAUGGAGCUGGUCUUCUACAUCCUGGAGAUCAUCUCGUAGGGGUCGGAGAAGGCAUCAGGAGCUUGGCCGCUACCUUCUCUUGUUAUUAUUAUUUUGUUUUUGUUUUUUACCUCCUGUCGUUAUCCCACACCCUGGUUCUCCAUCUCUUCACCUCUCCGCCAGCUCCCUUCAACCAUUUGCACUUCAAAGAGCCUGAAAGCUGUGCUGUGCCAGGCGGGGUAGCAUUCCUCAACUCCACCUAUGCAUCCACCGUUCCUUCUGCUCCAGAGGCCUGGGGCCCGAGGAAGCUCUGAGCAGGACCGUCUGUUGGUCUCACUCCGCCCUCCUCACUGAGUUUCGUUCACAGGAUGAGGUGCUGUCGUCAGCUGCCCCGACCAGGCCUGGGUCAAACCAAACUGGUGAUCAGCUCCUGUUGGUUUUAACCUGUUUCUGGUGUCUGAGGGGUGGGCUUCACUGCAGCACGAUGGGUCAAAUAGUGUCAGAUUAGUUGCAAAUCGGACUAAAUAAAUUUUCAUGUUUUCCUGUGCUUAAUAUUUGUGCCACAAAUUUGUAGCAUUUCCUGUGAACCCCACCUAUCGGUGCUCCAAGCAGGCUAAAAAAUGCGCUACGGAUUAUUUGCGCCUACUCUCUGACCCAGGUCUGACCCCAGCAUUGUGUUCUCCACUUCUCCUCUUCAACACUAUUACUUCCCAUCCCGGUUCACUCCAAUGCCACUGUGGUAGCCAGGGGUCCUGAGGGCAGAAGCACUGCACCCUGGGUAAUAAUCUGCAAAGGCCUCUGUGUAGCACGGAUGCUCUAGACUGCCAGGGAGAAGCAUUUCCACCACUGAAAACUGUGGACUUGUCAUCAUAAUUUUCCUCUGACUUUGAAAAAAGAUUUUUUUAAAUCAUUGAAUGUGGAGAGAAAGUGCCUCUGUGUGGUGAUAGUGUUUCUUUGCACCCUGGUGCACAGUGCCUGCAGCAGCGAUUCAUCAAGGAGGACACAGGAAAAAAAAAAAAGACAACUCCUCUUGGCUUCAGACUCGCCUCUUAAGCUUUAUCCAUUAAUCACCAGAUGCUUUACUUCAUGACACGGACAAAUGCUUUGAUUUGUUUUGGUUUGUACAUAAUAAUUUCUGGACAGAACACUUUCUCCAUUAUAGCCCUGCAACUGUAGCCUCCAGAGAUCCCAGACAAAGGGUCUCUGAUUCUCGAUUGAGCUGCAAAGCAGUCGGACUACAAGGUGCAGUAAAGACAGUAUUACUGAAGUGGCUGUCAUGGACUCGAAGCAGGCCAACUCUUUUGACUGAUGCUCUGUGAAAUCAGCUGUGCUGGCUGUGUGAUUACAUGCUAACUUUUAAAUCAAAGCACCCUUUUUGUCCUAGACAGAAAGUUUGCUAACAAAAAAAAAAAAAAAAAAAUGGUUCCAAUGCUUUAUUGAGAAACUCUGAAUUCACUAAUGAGGGGAACAGAUGCUGAAAGGA